AGACGUGACGCCGCUUUGUGCGCCUUUGUUGUGAUCGCCCAGCCUCGCGGCCGGAAGCAGCGGUGAGCCCGGACGGUGUGUGAUGUUACCUGGUGAGCUCACCUGUGAACCCCCGCAGCUCGUCGGCUUCUAGAGGAGAGCAGAGGCUCCGGCAGAGGCUCCAUGUCGUCGGCGGCCGACGCGGUGGAGAGCGCCGCGGUGCUGUCGGACAGCGCCGCGCACGACGGGAACCGGCUGUGGAUCGGCAACCUGGACCCCAAGAUCACCGAGUACCACCUGGUCAAGCUGCUGGAGAGGUUCGGCCACGUCAAGCAGUUCGACUUCCUCUUCCACAAGUCCGGCCCGCUGGAGGGCCAGCCGCGGGGAUACUGCUUCGUCAACUUCCAGACGCGGGCGGAGGCGGAGCGGGCCAUCCAGAGCCUGAACGGGAAGCUGGCGCUGUCCAAGCGGCUGGUGGUGCGCUGGGCCCACGCGCAGAGGUUUGAGGCCGGCGGCUUCCGCGGCGACAAGAGCGGCGGCCUGCCGCCCAGCCUGGAGCCGUCCAGCGGCGGCCUGGGCCCGGAGGAGGGCGGCCCGGUGCCGGCCUGCAGCGGCGGCAGCAGCAGCCUGAGCACCAGCGCCAAGAUCCGGGCCAUCGAGGCCAAACUGCAGAUGAUGGAGGAGAACCGGGACGACGAGUACAGCGGCCCGUCGCCCUACGUCUACAACAAGCCGGCCGAGAGGAAGCGCUGGGAGCCGUACGGCAAGCCGCACCACGGCGGCGGCCAGGGCAGAUCCUUCCGCAAGUUCAGGAGAUGACCAUCAACUGCAACACACACACACACACACACACACACACACACACACACUUUGAAAGCACGUUUGUGUUUUCAGACAGUGUGUAUGGACCGUCUGGGACAUUAUCAGCUCAGUUUUGAUGUGUGAGCCAAACUGAACAGAAAAUGCAGGGAUUUUGGUUAAGAGCUGUGUUAUUACAUGUGUUCAUCAUUAUUAUUAUUAUUAUUAUUACAUUAGUAGUGUUCAGGAUCACUUGCUAACACUUUGAAACCUGAAGUAAUUUCCCUUUAUUCCUUCUCAUUUUUUUAAAACGAUUUUUCUGUUAUUAUUAUUAUUAUUAUUACUUUAAGAAAAGGCUGCGCUUUCCAAUAAAAGGUGGAAUUUUGCUGGAAUUUUGUUUGGAGGAUUAAAUUAAACGCCCACAAAAGAAAUAGUAAGGAAAGAAAAGCCUUUCACAGAGUUAAGUUUAGCAGAAGGUGGGCACGUCUGCAAAGUGGCUGCCCAGAGGAGCCACUUUCAUUCAGACAGCUGGAGGUCAGAGGUCAAAGGGCCCCGCUGGAAAUGACCAUGACAGUUUUUGCCUCGUAAAAAAAUGAAGCCGAACUUUGGAGCGAUAUGUAGCCUCACUGCUGGCAGCCUAGCAUGACACGAGCGGCACCCACAGACUCACCUCGUAUCUUCACUUUCCUGGUAAAAAGGUGAUUAUUGACGCCUUGCAGGAUCCUGUCACUAUGCUCUGUUUCUUGUAAAAAAAAAAAAAAAAAACUCUUUAUUUUUUUCUCCCAUCCAGGCAGGUUUGUUGUGUUUGAGUCAC